AUGACAGAAAAGAGGGGAUUCGACUCAGAGGGCGCUCAACUUGCCAGCAAGUCCAAAGCUGCGAGGUUCAAUACCCAUGUAUUGAAAAAGUUACAGGCCGCUGUCACGAAAGAUCCAGAGACCAACUUGGCCGAGCAAUUUCCCGCAGAAUAUCCGCAACGUCUCAUGGAAAUGAGAAAACCUAUCGAAAACCCACCGAAGAAAACCAAGUAUAAUCCUCAAGGUCUUUCCAAAGCCGAUGAAGACAUCCGACGAUCCCUUUGCCCAUCAGACCCGGUUGAAAUUAUCUUUCCUCUUUCGGAUAGGGUUGCAAAAUUACUCGAGUCGGUGUCACUAACAUGGGAGGAUUUGCCGGUCGGACUCUCUCAAAGGCUGAUUGAAGUCCUACAGAGCAGUGAAAUCCUUUGGAAAGCUCCCUUCGCUCGCCAGAAAGGAGUGUUCAAAUGCUCCGCAGAAAUUGUUGUCAAAGCGGUUCGCAACAUGGAGCACUAUACUGAAUACACCACUUUACAAUAUCUUGACCGUCAUAAGCCAGAUAUUCCAGCACCAAAGCCUCUUGGUUUAAAGGGACUCCUCUAG